AGCUAGGAACUUGGGAACAAGAAGUGUUCCGAACUUCCGAAAUCUCAAGAGACUCGAUCGAAGCGGAUGCCAUGUGAUGUACGUACGUAGGGCACGGCAACAGCCAGAAGCAAGGAGAGUACGUCUUGCGGAUCCGCGGGAUUGUGAUGGUUGUUACAUGGUCAAGGAAGCAGUGUUGCACAAUAGUAGUUUGUUUUUAAACGCUAGGGCCUAUGCCCUAGACCAGAGAGUGGAAUGACUGGAGUGCACAUGGGACUGCAGUAAUCUUAAUUCCGUCAGUAUGGCACAGCAGCGAAAUGAUCAGCUAGCAAAUCUGUAUUUCAACCCACCUAUCAAUGGAUACGAACAGCUGGUGAUAUUCCUCAUGGAUGUUGUGCGGCAGAAUUGGAAGAACCUUGAGGAAGUAGAGCUUGUGGAGGAUGAAUGGAGAAAAAAGCUGAUUAAAGCAGGAGCUCUCCCUCACAGACCAAAUGAAAAAUAUUUCAGGCUGAGGCAUAUUGUGGAUAAAACCUGCUUUGGUGUGAAGUAUGACAGGAAAAUUAAUUCCCACUCAGCAUUCACUAUCUACACUCCUCUGAAAUGCUCUUCACCUAAUUUUUCUGUGUUAAGUCAUAUAAGAUGUAUAAUACUUGAACAAGUCCCAGAGCUUCUAGAGGCCCGCUCAAAAGGGGUUGAAUAUGAAGCUGAAUUCCUUCAAACUGAAUUGGUAAGAGAAUUGCAAAAGAGGGCCUUCCAUGUCCCUGAUUGUCUGCUGAGAUAUACAAAACACAUACAAGAGUUGAUCCAGCAAGGAAAUGGGAAGCUGAUACGUGACUUUUCAAAUGAGUCAGAUGAUGCAUCACAUGUUACCAUGGAUGCAUUACUGAAAUCAUUUAUUGGCAAGAAAGAAGUAUGGAAAUCUGCAUCUUUAGAAAUCCCCAGCAAAGUUAAAGAAGUGUGGAAGCCUGCCUUUAUGGAAAUCCCCAGCAAGAUAGAUGGUCUUUAUAAAAAACCUUGUCUCCCAAAGACAGCUGCUGAAGCAAAUAAAAAACUAAGGCUGUUCAUCUUAUACAAGAUGCUGACAUCUAGAGAACACUCUGGUAUUGAUGUUCCUGAUGAAAUUUUUCCAGAACAUGAAGAGGAUGAAUUGGUGAAUAAAGAAAAUAUCAUGAUAUGUCAGUUUUCAAAGGUUAUGAAGCCUAAACGGAUCAACAAUUACUUUCUGAAUGUUGUCUUGAAACUUGGAAACAGAGAUUACACCUUCAAAACAUGUCGAUUAAAAGUAUCACUUCCAAGUCACUCAGAUCUAGAAACAGGUGGUAAGUAGCACCUUUAGGUCUCAUAAUACUGCAAGCAUUCUUUUACGAGCUGCCAUAGUAUAGUGGGACCAAACGUUCUUUUGGGCAGGUAAAAAUUUUGAGUUUGAAAAUGUUUGUCUUGGUUAAGGAGAAAGGACUGAUAUCUUUCUUGUGAACUUUAAGUGGAAGUAGGAUCUUCAUAUCUAUACAUGCAUAAUGCAUAUAUAUAAUUGUGUUUACACACACACACACCACAUAGUGUAGUGAUUACCACACUCAACUCACAACUGAGAAGGCCCGGGUUUGAGUUCUGGACACAGUGAAGCAUAUGGCCGAGGCUCUUAAUGUGUAGCCAGUGUUCACCUAGCAGCAAGUAGGUAUGGGAUGUAAUACAAGGGAUUGCGGCCUCAUUUUCCUAGUGUGUGGUGUGGUCUCAGUCUUACCUGAAGAUUGGUGUAUGAGCUUUGAGCUUGCUUUGUAAUGGGGAAGGCUGGCUGGAUGACCUGCUGGCAACCGUAAACACACACCACGUAGUUAGCACACUCGGCUCACAACCGAGAAGGGCUGGGUUCGAGUCCUGGGUGUGGUGAGGCAAACAGGUGAGUCCUCUUAAAUUGUGUAGCCCCUGUUCAUCUAGCAGCAAGUAGGUACAAGAUGUAAUUCGAGGGGUUUGUGGCCUUGCUUUCCCAGUAUAUGGAAUGUGGUGUGGUCUCAGUCUUACCAAAAGAUCAGUUUAUGAGCUCUGAACUUGUUCCAUAAUGGGGAAAGCUAGUUGCAUGGGUGACCGUGAAUACAAUACACACACAGCAUAUAAAUACAUACCAAUAUUUGAGACCUGAAAAGUUAUUUUCAUUUGGAUACACUAUUUAUUGUGCGCUGAUGACAAAAUUAAAAAGUUGAAUGAUACAAAAUUUUGAUUUAUGAAGAAACACAUCUUUAACAAAUUUUAAUUGUAAAGAAUAGUGGCUUCAUAUUAUGAUACACUAAUUUACAAGUCACAUCCUGAAUUGUAAUUACUAAUGGAGGAGUCUGAGUAGUAAUAUCUCACUUCAGAACUAUGACCAACAAGUGAUAUAUGUAGGAAAUUUACUUUGUAAUUAGAAUAAUGUCUGGAUUCAUUUUUUUCACUUUCGUAGGAUAUAUGUAGGAAGUUUACUUUGUAAUUAGAAUAAUGUCUGGAUUAAUUUUUUUUCACUUUCGUAGUAUUUUGUCUUAAUUAGAUAAAGUAGAAAAAAGUAUUCAUACUUUUGAGUGAUUCUCAAGUGUUUGUUUGUAGGAAGUAAGAAAAAAGCCACGGAGGUCAUAUGGAACAUUUUUGUUGUUAUUACACGGACUUGUUGUUGUCAUAGGAUGGAACAGUUUAGGUUUGAAUAGGAUCUGACUGGAAUUAUGUAGAUCUUGGUCUUCACUUAAGUGAUUUUAGAGGAAAGGUGAUUUAUUUAUGGAUUUGUAUCAAAGUAAAGUAUGCAUAUAAAUGAUGUCCCUGCAAGUUUCAGAAUUUCUAUACAGAACAACCUAGCUGCAUUCCAUAUUACCAUCCUUACAGCAAAUCUUGACUAUUAGCUAUUAAACAUGUACUGUACACCUUGGUUUUUACUCUCUCUCUCUCAUAUUUUUUUUUAUCUUAUCCUCCUUUUAUCCUAGUGAUCUUUAUUUCAUGUCUUGUAGAACUUUCUACUUUUUUUUUUCACCAUGGAAGCAUUUCUCCUGCUGUGUUUGCAUUUUGUGCUAUUUGUGUAGUUAUUUAGCAAAAUUUCUUUUGUCUGACCAUGGGUCCUAAGCAAGUGGCACUUGUAAUGACAUGUUUAAACAUGGAAACAUGGAAAGGAGGCUGAGACAGACCUUUAUAGAUAACGAUUUUGUGAAAUGCUCUGCAGAUGAAAAAAAGAGAAGUGUGGAAAAAAAAAAAAAAAGUAAAAGGAAUCAAGUUAAGCAAAAGUGAAUUAAAAAAAAUAUACCAAUUAAGUUCAGCACUAAACUAUAACAUUAAGAUUGUAAAAAGAAAAUUCAUUGAUUAAGUGAGUGUUUAUGAUGAAUGAAUAUGACUGAAAAACUACAAAAUGAAACAAGCUCCACCCUUCUCCUCUGCCUGGAGCUUACUUCCUCCACCCUCAACCUCUGCCAGCAUCUUCAUUAGCCCAAGUUGUUUGAUCUCCAAAUAAUAUACUUUAUUAACCCCUUCAGUACUAUGAUGUGUUUCCAUAUUUAUUUCCCUUACUAUUUGAUGAUUUUAUACAGCUUCAGAAACUUCUAUAUGGGGAUUAGAAUACUGAAGACUGUUGCCAUCAAUCUUCUGACCUUCCUGUCAAUAAAAUUGUCUUAUCAUACACAAAUCUCAAGGUAAAAAUGUGUUCCAGUAUUGAAGGGGUUAAACCAGUUUAUUUAUUUACAUUAUCUUUUAUGAUGUUUUUAUACAUUAUUUUUUAUGGAUAAAUAUUUUUUUCUUAAGUAAGGAAAAAAAAAUUUGGAAGUUAAAAUGGAUUAACGGCAUUUAAAUUAAUUUCAAUGGAGAAAAAAUUAUUUGAAUCAUGAGCAAAUUGAGAUACGAGCUCUGUCACAGAAUGAAUUAAACUCGAAAAUGUUAUAUAUAUAUAUAUAUAUAUAUAUAUAUAUAUAUAUAUAUAUAUAUAUAUAUAUAUA